UUCCUUCGUUUUGCAGCAUCACUACAUAAUCGAUUGUCGAAUCCCAUAAUCGAUUAUUGCGUGUCCCAGAACUCUCAAUCUAAGGCUGCAUCACUCCUUAAUUCCUCCUCAAAAUAGUAACUCGUUAAGACCCCGGGUCUCGGGUAUAUCAUUUGCAUGAGUGCAUAAUUUGCUGAGUGAUAAGGUUUACAUCAUGAAGUUUCAACUAGAUUUUGCUUUCAUGCGCAUAAUUUCUAAAGCUUGUAAGGGGUUCUGUGAGAUAUUUGGUGCUGGAUCAGUUCCAUGCCAAUUUUUUUCUCAAUACAUCUUCACAAAGCGUCUUACCGAAUGUUUUUUCAUGAUUGGGGAUACAUCUUAGCAUUUGUUAUUUUAACAUUCAAUGUAGCAUUGUCCCAUUGGUGUAUUUUCCACCGGAGUAAAGCAGAGCAGGUAGCUGCAACAUGGGAUAAGCAAUUCAAGAGUUCUGAGAUGGUCCUUAAAGUCCCACUUCUUUAUCUUGCUAAUGAUAUACUACAGAACAGCAAGCGGAACGGAAAUGAGUUUGUCACAGAGUUCUGGAAGUUUCUUCCUUCUGCAGUCAAAGAUUUGGUGGAGAAUGGCGAUAGUAGUGCAAGGAAUGUAGCCUCUAGAUUGGUUAAAAUAUGGGAAGAGAGGAAGGUUUUUGGAUCUCAGUCUAAGAGCCUUAAUGAUGUUAUGCUUGGGAAUGAAUUGCCCGCACCAUUGCAAUUUCACAGGAAAAGGUCUCGUUCUGUCAAGAUAUUGAAAAGGGAUUCAAGGUCCUUAAGAACGAAAUUGUCAAUUGGAGGACCAGCUGAAAAAAUAGUGUCAGCACUUCAUUUGGUGCUUAGUGAGAUCACCAGUGAAGAGGAAGAAAUGAGUAAAUGCAAGUCUGCAGUCCUCAGAAUAAGAAAGAUUGAGAAAGAUGUUGAUACAACCCUUACAACAGCAAGUGAUCCAAACAGAAAGAUAUUGUCAAAAGAGCUUGAGGAGGAAGAAAAUGCAUUGAAGAAAUGCAUUGAGAAACUUAAAGUAGUUGAAGCAAACAGAUCUACCCUUGUGUGUCGGUUAAGAGAAUCGUUAAAUGAACAGGAAUCUGAGCUAGAGAAUGUUCGCACUCAGAUACAGGUCGCGCAGGCUCAGACAGAGGAAUCUAGGGACAUGCGGAGACAUUUAGAUGAUGAAAGUUAUGUGGCGGAUUCAAAGCCUUCAACAACGGCUGAACUAAGUGCCAAAGAUGGGAAAAAGACGGCUGCAGCAAUUGCAGCGGAGGUCGCGGACAAGCUCACAGCAUCCACGUCUUCUCAGUAUAUCAUGUCAUCAGUUCUCUCCACAUUUGCUGCCGAGGCAGCAAAGAACGCCGGGCAUACGAAUGCCUCUCCAGCGGCGUUCCCAUUAACGCCACCCCUGCCGACACCCACCAUCAAUACGGCAAACUAUUCGUUGCCAAUGUCAGAACGACCCCUUCCUGUUAUUAUGCCUUCACAGCCGGCGAACCCUCCACCUCCUCCUCCUCCUUACCAAUCGGUGCUGGUUUUGCAACACCCGACAAUGCAGCAGCAGAGCCAUCACUUCCACUCACUUCCUCCAAACCCACCGCCGCCCAUGCAGACAUAUAUUCAGCAGCCAUCAGGUGGAAUUGUUGCAUCAUAUGGCUACCCUAGGAUCCCAUCUUCCACAUUCUUGGUUCCCUUGGCCCAGCCACCGCCACCGCCACCGCCACCACCACUGCAGCAACAUCUAACAAUGCCUCACCAAUCACCUGCACUACAAUUACCUCAACAUCUGCCUCCCCUUCCUACCUUCAAUCCAUUAUUACAUAGGUAAAACGCUUAAGGUAAUUUAUAAGCUUUGAGUUAUCUAUUCGUGAAGCAAGCGUUCGUUCAUGUGAGAUCGAUCUCCCGCGCGCCCCAUGUGUUGUCAUACUUGUUGAUCUAGGCCUUGUAGUUGUUUUUUUCUUAAAUUUUUCUUUUGUGUAAAAUCAUAUGGAUGGUGGUUAGGGCCAUUUGCAAUUUUGAAUUGAUAGAAUAAAAAAUUCGAGUGAAAUCAAUCCUAAUCAAGAGUCAUUUCUUCAACCCACAUCAUUUUUAUGUAUUAUGUAACUAGUACGACACAUGUAUGAUGCACAGCAAAAACAUUAAAAAUGUUACUCCAUU